AGGUUCGCCUUCCUUUUCCCUUCUUCCUGUGCGAGAAGACAGCGAGCCAUGCUGAGUGCUCUGCGGCGCCGCUGGGAGUCCUACAAGUACCGCUUCGUGCCCUGGAUCGCCCUCAAUCUCCGCCACAAGCGCAGAACUCUGCGGUUUGUACCAGAAGAAUCAAAAGACAAAAUUGUUUCUGAUGACUGCGUCCUUCAAACACUGCUGAAAACAUUUAGAGCUUUAUUUGUAAAUGACUUGGACAAACAAAUGGUUCUUCUUAACUUUCUUCCAGAAAUUAAGUCUAAAUAUCCAGAACUAGAGACAGUUCCACUCAAAACAUUCAAAGCAGUGAAUGACAACCAUCAGAGUCAAAAUCCAGAAGAAGUUUUGUUUAAUACAUUAGGAUUCAGUAUUAGCCGAAGGUGCAGUUCACUGAUUUCUGCUGGAACAGGAGUCUUUGUUACCAAAGGUUUUGUACCAAAAGGAGCAGUUGUAUCUAUGUACCCUGGUACUGUCUAUGAAAAGUCUGAGCCCAUCUUUUUCCAGUCCAUUGGCAAUCCAUUCAUAUUUAGAUGUAUAGAUGGGGUACUCAUUGAUGGGAAUGACAAAGGAAUAUCCAAAGCUAUAUACAGAUCAUGCAGCAGAAGAGACCAACUUGGUCCCUUUAAAAUGAGUGAUGUCUUUUGGCUUACAACGAGAGUGCAGAAUCCACUUGCAGUGGGGCAAUAUGUCAACAAUUGCUCCACAGACAAAGCAGCCAAUGUAUGUUACCAGGAAUUUGACCUACCUGAAUGUUUUCCAAUAGAAUUUAAGCAAUAUCUUCCAAACAUAAAGUAUAGCCAUGAAGUACAGAGUCAUCCAUAUCAAUUAAAAAUACAAAUGGAUCAGGGAACACCAAAAUGUCAUUCUAGGAAGGUUAGUGCCAUGUCUACAUUUGCAAAAGCUGAGAUCACCAAGCAAAGUCAGAAUGUGUUCUCUCUGAAGAAAGUUAAAUAACGACUGACGCAAGCCCACAAUCUUAAUCUUCCUAAUUAGAAUUUUGGCACAUGAAAACUGACAACAUUCAUUUCCCUACAUCUUAAUGGUCGAGGGAAAAAGUCCGUUGUUUCAUGUGAAGUAACCGAUGGUGUCAAAUCAUCAGCAGAAGACUGUGUUUCUUCAUCAUCUCCCGACAAAAGGUCUUUGGCUAUUUCUUCCUGUAACCAGAAGAUCCAAGGAUUAGCAUCAUUCAACACUGGAAACAGUGAGUAUCUUGAAAAUCAUCUUACAGCUGUGCUGCUUAUGCGGAAGCUUGGAGAAGAGGGACAAAUGUUCCCAUUAGAAUUGCAUUUAUUUUUUAUGAGAGCCCCAAUUUAAGUCAUACUUACAAAGGGGGAAACACUAUAGCAUCCAGUAGUUUUAGGUUUCAAUAAUUACAUAAAGCAUCUGGAUGUUGUAUAUACGAAAUUUUAUAUCCUGUCACCAGCAAGUCAGACACAAUGUGUUCUGUUGAAAGAUACUGGUGUUCAAAAGAAAAUGCACCAAGUGGCAUUUGAUAUAAGAAGCAUAUUUGGUUCUAAUGAAGGCUACUUUACUGGAAUUUUACCUUUCU